UCCAAUUCUUCUCUCGCGUCUCGACUCGACGACGCCGCCCGCCCGCCGCAGCCGCAGCCGCCGCCGCCCUCCCCCAUCCGCUCUUCGGACUCGCCGCCGGGGAUAGCGGCUUAUCUUCCUUCCCCACAUGGAGACGGCGCGGGGCCCCGCCGCGGCGUCCAGGCCGCGCACCGUGGAGGAAAUCUUCAAGGACUUCUCCAACCGCCGCCUCGGCCUCGUCCGCGCCCUCACCUCCGAUGUGGAGCAGUUCUACGGCCUCUGCGACCCAGAUAAGGAGAAUUUGUGCCUGUACGGGAACCCCGACGGGAGCUGGUCGGUCACCCUGCCGGCGGAGGAGGUGCCUUCGGAGCUGCCCGAGCCGGCCCUCGGCAUCAACUUCGCGCGCAACGGCAUGCACCGCCGCGACUGGCUCUCCCUCGUCGCCGUGCACUCCGACUCGUGGGUCCUCGCCGUCGCCUUCUUCUACGGCGCACGGCUCAACGCUAACGAACGGAAGCGCUUAUUCAGCAUGAUCAACGAUCUGCCAAAUGUGUAUGAAAGUAUGGUUGACAGAAAGCAGUCCAGGGCCAAGUCUGGUGUUGAUGGCAACGGCAAAUCCAGACACUCAUCAAAGCAAACAAAGGACGGCCGUGCAAAGAACUCCAGAGUACUCGCUCAGGAGCAUGCCGAGGAGGACGACGAGGAAGAAGAGCACAGUGAAACCUUCUGCGGGACCUGUGGCGGUCUGUACGACGAGAGCGAGUUCUGGAUCGGCUGCGACAUCUGCGGGCGGUGGUUCCACGGCAAAUGCGUGCGGAUAACCCCUGCUAAAGCGGAGCACAUAAAGCAAUACAAGUGCCCUGACUGCAGCGGCUCCAAGAAGAUCAGGUAGUUAAGGCUCUAUAUAUGUGGCCUGCCUCUGCUAUAAGUGUCGUUAACCCCAAUCUGAUCAAAGCAAACUACACCGGUUUCCUUCUCCGCCCAAGGCCGCAUCUGGCAGAUGUGGGCUUUGUUUCCCUAGAAAAUGCAUGCUUUUCCAUGUGGUAGUAGCCUUAUACGUGCUCUGAAAGACUGAUGAUACAUAGCUCAUAGGUACUACUCUUGUAGCUUGUUGUUAUAGAUGGGCUCCUUGGUUGUCAUUUUUCGAUGUGUUUAUUCCCAUGCGUGGACAAUGCCGCUGUAGCCUUGUUUCGCCGAUGAUGGUCGGAUUGUGCCUUGGAAGUGAUUUGGUUGUAGUAUUGUUUUUUCUUCUUUCCUGCA